AGGACGGCGUUUCAGUUAGCGGCGAGCCGCUGUCGAGAUUGGGAUUGUUUUAUCGUCGGUUUCGAUUCUCUCCCCCUCGCUUUUCGCGCCACCGAGCUCGUCCGUCGAUCGCAACGAUCCGGACGAAACGCGUCUCCGGAGAUCCAAGUUUCCUCGAGCGAGAGGAACUCUUCGGAGCGGUGAACCAAACGAGCCUUCCCCCGAACGGUAAUCUGGUUUCAGUGCGUGGAACAGUGCGUUUUAUUUUUUCGUGAAGGUAUAAUAACAAAAUUCAUCGCGACCAUCGUAGGAAUAAUCUCGACCGGUAUCGAUAUAAUGUGAAUCGCUGUGAGUGAGUGAGAGAAUUGAGCGAGACAGAGAGAGAGAAAGCGAGAGAGGGAGAAAGAGACGGACAACAGAAAUUAAACGUGAUCCGAUUUCAACAUGACGCGGAGCGUGGCCUAAGACCGAUCGCGUUUCAGUCCCUCUACCUCGGAGGGAAAAGUCAAGCGAGAGAGGCGAGAACCUCCUCUCGUUCUCGCGGUCACCGUAGCGUCCCCGUAACUCCCCCCGAAGAACGUUCGCCAUCGGUGCGGAAACAUGACGGAGAAGCAACGAGGUCCGCGUUCCUUCCGGACCGUCCUCGCGACGAUCCUGUUCGGCCAGUUCCUGCUGCUGCUGCCGGCGCAGCAGGCCCGCGGCGAGAUCUACCCCAAGAUGUUCUCCAGCCAGCAGAGCCCCAGCGACCCGUGCUACGACGAGGACCGGCCGCGACGCUGCAUUCCCGACUUCGUGAACGCGGCCUUCGGGGCGACCGUGGAAGCGUCGUCCACGUGCGGCACCGGCGGGCCCACCCGCUACUGCGACGUGAAUGACGAGCCCGGCGGCACCGCCGGCAUCGGCCACUGCCACGUGUGCGACGACAGCACACCUCGACGGCGCUUCCCCGCCAGUUACCUGACCGAUCUCAACAAUCCCAACAACGUCACCUGCUGGCGCAGCGAGCCGCUCGUCAGCUCGCAAAGCUUCUCGGCACCGCCCGACAACGUCACCCUCACCCUCUCGCUCGGCAAGAAGUACGAGUUGACGUACGUCAGUCUGCAGUUCUGCCCGCGCGCCGCCAAGCCGGACUCGAUCGCGAUCUACAAGUCCAUGGAUUACGGCAAGACCUGGCAGCCGUUCCAGUUCUACUCGUCGCAGUGCCGGCGGGUCUACGGCAGACCGAAUCGCGCCACCAUCACCAAGUCCAACGAGCAGGAGGCGCGAUGCACCGAUAGUCAUCGUUACACCGGGGGAGACGGCCUCGGCCCGGUCGGCAGAAUCGCCUUCAGCACCCUGGAGGGCCGACCGUCCGCCGCCGACUUUGACAACUCGCCGGUGCUGCAGGACUGGGUUACCGCCACCGAUAUCCGCGUGGUGUUCAACCGACUGCACAUGCCGCAGCAGCCGGAUCAGAUGACGUCGCACAAUGGCGCCGAGGAACAUCACAUCGCGGCGAUCGGCGUCGAGGAGCUGACCAAGAGGGAGCGGGAGGAGCGCCUCAAGAGCCAGAAGAACGCGAUUCUCCUUCACGCGCAGCACGAUCCCCUGGUCACGGCGUUGCCGUCGGUGCACCAGGUGCUCGCGCCCCAGGAGAUGCAGUCCAACGACGCGAUCGACUCCGCGGUGCGGGACAUGGGCUUCGUCCCGAUCACCGUCUCCACGUCCACGACGCCGACGCCGGCCAGCAACGGCGUGGUGAUGAUAGUACCGGCCGGUCUAGGCCCGGCCACCGCCACCAUGGCCCACCAUUACGCGGUCUCGGACUUCGCCGUGGGCGGCAGGUGCAAGUGCAACGGCCACGCGGCGCGCUGCAUCCCCGGCAAGGACGGCGAGGUCGUCUGCGAGUGCAGGCACAACACCGCUGGCAGGGACUGCGAGCGAUGUCGGCCCUUCCACUUCGACCGGCCGUGGGCCAGGGCCACCGCCAGAGACGCCAACGAGUGCAAAGUGUGCAACUGCAACCUCCACGCGAGAAAGUGCAGAUUCAACAUGGAGCUGUACAAGCUGUCGGGCCGUGUCAGCGGAGGCGUUUGUCUGCAAUGCCGGCAUUUUACGGCAGGAAGGCACUGUCAUUACUGUCGCGAAGGUUACUACAGGGACCCGGCCAGACCGAUCACGCAUCGCAAGGCCUGCAAACCAUGUGAUUGCCACCCGAUCGGAGCUUCUGGAAAGACCUGUAACCAGAGCAGCGGCCAGUGUCCUUGUAAAGACGGUGUAACCGGUAUUACUUGCAACAGAUGCGCCAGGGGCUACCAGCAGAGCAGAUCGCAUAUUGCGCCUUGCAUCAAGAUACCCAGGGUCGUGCAGACGCAGGGCACGGCUGGCGAAGAGAGCGGCGAACACGAGGACGAUGAUGACGAGCGCGGAUACGACGGACGAACCGAUCAGUGUGGAAAGUGCCGCGCCAGCACGAAGAGGCUCAAUCUCAACAAGUACUGCAAAAGAGACUAUGCUAUUUUGGGCAGAAUAACGGACAGACACAAGAAAAGCGACGGCUCGCAGAGCGGCACAAGUGUAUCAGGCACAUCCUGGAUCCGAUUCACUCUAAACGUCGAUUUCAUUUACAAAAAAAAUUCCAAUUCAAGGAUUCGACGUGGUGACGUAUCUCUUUAUGUUCAUUCAGCUGAUCUGGCUUGCAGAUGCCCAAAAAUCAAGCCUAAUAAGUCGUACUUGAUCCUUGGCCAAGAGAACGACGGCGGUGGCCAAGGUGGACUCACGGUGACGCAGAGGUCGAUCGUCAUCGAGUGGCGCGACGAAUGGCAUCGCCGAAUGCGUCGUUUCCAACGAAGGGCGAGAUCGUGCCAUUGAAGUGUUCGCACGUCGCGGAAAGAGAGGAAGAGAUAGAAAGCGAGAUAGAAAGAGAAAAAGAGAGAGAGAGAGAGAGAGGGAGAAAGAGAGAGUGAAUGAGAGAACGAGAGUGAGUACGAAGGUGUAUGUAUGUGUGCGAGAAAGAUAGAGAGAAAGAGAGAGAAGUCGAUCCUUUCCUAACCGUGUUCGUAGAAGCCUGCAUAUCUUUAUUUACCGCGAAUACCGGUAUCGGGGUGCCGAUUUUGUUUUAUGCGCGGUAUUCGUCGACUACUGUAUGUACGUCGAAGACAAAAUAUGAGGAAGAGGAGGACGAAAGGAGAAGCUGCGAUAUUUCCAAAUGGAGUGUCCGCCAGGCGAAAUGACACGAGCAAUGCACGUGAUGCAUACGGAGGAUUUGUUGCGCAAAGACAAUUCCAUUACGUAGAUAAUCCCCAAGUUAAUCGCAAAAAAAUCAACUAUUCAAAAUAUAAAUACUGACAAAUUUAUUCUCAACGAAUACAUAUUUGUCUAGGCUUUUCUUUUUCGUUUCGAUAUGAAAAACUUUAAGCAAAAGUCCGAGCUUACCUCUUUGCUCGCAUGAAAUGCAAAUCAGUUCAAGUUUUUUCAGACUGCAAAUCGCGUUCCUAACGAGUAUCUAAUAUCUUUGUGCAGAACGAAAGAGUGUUCCUCGAUGUCGAUUCACUUCUGACAUUUGUUGCGCGACAUUUCUACGUGACAAGCGAUUUAUUGAACGGCAUGAAUCUUUGAGGCCUCGACGUCGUGCCCGUUCGCACCCGAUAAAUCGCAUGUCCAUGAGAAAUGUCGCGAGAUGAAUGUCGGGUUGAAUUUACGCGACAGAUUCAAUUACUCUGGAAUACCACAAAUCGCUGCCGGUAUGGUGUCCACGGUAUUCAAUGGCGAAUAAUCGUCCGAAUAUGUUGUUGUCUAUAUAGUUUCUGUUAUACCAUUUACACCUAACAUUUAAACCACAUUCAAGUGAAAAAUAUUCACUUUCCUCUCAAAAAGCGUCCUCACAGUCAGUAGCACAGUCAGAAUAUCGUGCUCAAUAGAAAUUAAUGGUUUUAAUUAAUUGUACGCACAACGAUAUACAAUAUAAUUUGCGGUAUUAAUAUCAUUAUGAUAUAUAAUCAAGCUCUUUCAAAACGCUUCUCCACAAUAAUAAUUCAUAUUCAUCAACAUCAAUUUGCUGUACACAAAAAAUGGACGUGAUAUAACGUGAGCGCGAUAUGUAUGAACCGGGCGUUAAUGCAUCUAUAUUAUGGAAGGUGCUGUCAUUAAAGCUUAAUAGAUUCGGUAAAGCGAAAUCAAUUUCCGAAAUCAUACGCAUCGCUGAUGCACAAUCUUUAAUCUUAUUCGUCCCCUUUUAUUUUUGCUUUACGAGCAGAAAUUGAGGCGAUGACUGAAAAAGGGACGCAUGAGCGAAACUCUUUCCCUUUUGAGAAAAAUUUAUUUAAAGUUUUUAUUUUUUCUACAUUCUUAUUAAGUUAAUAGAUUUGUAAUUGCGUCCAAGUAUUUUGUAAAAAUGAAAGCUUUACACAUUUUUUUUAAACAAGAUUUUUGCCCUCCUU